AUGAAAAACUAAAAUUCAAUAGCAACUCUAAAUGAACAAUCAAAAGACCAACAAUCAUACUCUUCAAUUGUGGAACCAUCUAUACAAUACAAUAACCAUUAAAAUAUGACCAUAAAUCAAGAAGAUUAUAGAUCAUUGCAGAGAAAAAGUAACAUGAAGAAUUAAAAAAAAAAACGAUAAGGAAGAAAAUCUAGGAAUUUCACUAUCUAAGAGGACCAAAAACUUUUAGGAUUCAUAUUAAAGUAUGGGCCCAAAUUUAAAUUAAUAUAAAGAAAGAUGUCAGGAAGACCAUUGAAUAUUUUAAAAAAUAGAUACUAUAGAGAUUUAAGAUAUAGAUGGGAUGAAGUUUUAGGAACGUAACCCUAUUCAAUUCAAUAUUUUCUAGAGAAUUUAUUCAUUUGAAUGAAAAAAAAGUAGAUAUGGUCACUGAUGAAAUAUGGAAAAAUUCCCCGCUUGAUCCAGAUCUAUCAAAAAUUAUGAUGAACAUGGUAACCAAAUUGUAAAAUGUAAUAACAAAAUGCUUAAAUUGA